AUGCUUCUGCGAUAUCUUUCGUCGAUCAUUCUUUUGACCGUCACUUUCGUCAAACCGCAUGAACACAAGCAUGGCGAGAAGCGUGGUCACCAAAAGCGUCAAGGUUCGAGCUCAAGUCCAUAUCAGCAAGGCAUAUACGACUACAUCGUUGUGGGAAGUGGGCCUGGUGGUGCACCACUUGCAUGCAGACUUGCUCGUGCUGGCUUCCAAGUUCUGCUCAUAGAAGCUGGCCAGGACACGAGUGGCUUUUUGGAUACCCAGAUUCCAUCUUUUCAUCCUCGAGCAUCGGAGCUCCCGGAGCAGAUGUGGUAUGGCAAUGCGCUUUACAGUGGAUACCCUCCCCCAUAUGGGAACUGGACCUACCUCCUCCCCGACGGCCGUACUUACGCUGGUCCGAGCCCACCUGCCGGUGCUCAGCCCAUUGGUCUCAACUAUCCUCGAGGCAGCGCUCUGGGCGGCAGCGCUCAGAUGAAUGCAAUGGCAAUGGUAACGCCUUGGAUGGAUGACUGGGACCAAAUCGCAGCCAUCACUGGAAACUCCUCGUGGAACGCUGAGGUCAUGAGAGAAUACUAUAUCAAGCUCGAAAAUUGCCGGUACCAGCUGAGCUCGGUUGUCGGACACGGAUUUAAAGGAUGGCUUCAAAUUGGUAUUACUCCACUGACAUUGAUUGCCCAAGAUCUGAAGUUGGCGGCCAUUGUGGCGGCCACUGCUCAGGCAAUGGGCAAGGGCCUGAUCGAUGGCGUGCUGAACCUGGCCACUGGACUUGCACAUAUUCUCGCGACAGACUUGAAUGCGCCUGGUCGCUCGCGUGAUCAAGAUGUGAACAUUUGGCAGAUACCAAUCUCCAUCAACCCAACAACGGGUUUACGAUCAGGCCCGGUCGACUUUGUGAAACAAACCGUACAAGAGGGAUACCCACUUACCGUUCAGCUCAAUACUUUCGUAACCAAGAUCUUGAUCGACCGAAGCGGCCACAAGCCAAGGGCUGUUGGCGUCCAAUAUUUGUAUGGACAGUAUCUUUACUCUGCUUCGCCACUCUCAACAGGACAGUCAGGCACACCAGGUUACGCCUAUGCCAGAAGAGAAGUCGUUGUUAGCUGUGGUACCUUUGAGACUCCGAAACUCCUUAAGCUCAGCGGUAUUGGACCAGCAGAUGAGCUCGCUCAAUUCGGGAUCCCUACAAUUGUGAAUCUUCCAGGCGUUGGCCGCAAUCUGCAGGAUCGUUACGAGGUUGGCGUAGUCGGCAAAUCGGAUGUUCCUUUCUCGCUGUUCGCUCCUUGCAAGUACAACUACGAAAGUCCAGAUCCAUGCCUCCAGCAAUUUCAAGGAGGACUCACCCCAAUCGAUAAAGGCCCCUACACAUCCAACGGGCUGGCGAUCGGUACCACCUUCAGCUCAUCAGUGAACGACGAUCCGAAACCAGAUGUGUUCAUCGUCGCCGUCCCGGCAUACUUCCAAGGCUACUACCGAGGGUACUCGAAAGCAGCCGUUCUGGACGCUCAGCACUUCACUUACGUCGUCUUGAAGGUGCGGUCGCGAAACAACGCUGGCACAGUGACGCUUCGCUCCACGAACCCGCUUGAUAUGCCAGUGAUUCGAUUCAACAGCUUCGCGGUCGGCGGCGAUCUUGAUGCACAGGCCGUUGCUGAAGGUAUUCAGCGCGGUCGUGAUAUCUUCCGCGAUGUCAUUGGGCUCGAUGGCACCUUCACAGUCGAGACACCGCCAGACGAGCUUCAGGGAGCUGCGCUUGUGGAGUGGGUCAAGAACUACGCUUGGGGGCAUCACUGCGGUUGCACUGCCAAAAUCGGCGCUCCGAAUGACCCUUUGGCAGUGGUAGAUGGUGACUUCCGCGUUUAUGGAGUCGAUGGGCUUCGCGUUGUAGACAAUUCAGUCUGGCCAACGCUGCCUGGCUACUACCCUACGAUCCCCAUCUAUAUGAUCAGCGAGAAGGCCGCGGACGUGAUGCUUGGACAUAGCCCUGGACCGAUCGGUGCGUUCGAUAACCUCGAUCUGGGAAGUGGACCGAUUGGUACUUUGGGAUCCGACAUCAUUGGCACAGUCGCAGGAGUCGCCGAUCCGAACGUCGGUGUGACUGGUAUUCUUGGGUCCUUUGGCAACCUUCUCGGGGUCCUGACCGUGAGUAUCCCGUUCAUGCUCGGAAUACCGUAG